ACUAGGCCCGGCCGGAGAUGGAGGGAGCCCCCAAGCAAGGAGCGGCGCGGUCUCCUUCCAGCGCGCCCGGCCUGCGGGUGGGCCGCUGCUGGGCUCGGCGGAGCAGGGCCGGCUGGGCUGGGCAGGCGGGAUGGUCGUCCGGGGAGGGCGGAGCGAGACCCCCCUCCCUCCCUCCCUCCGUCGCUCCCCCGCCCGGCCAUCGCCAGGGAUGCCCCGCCGGGGAGCUGCCUGCCUGGACCGACCGGCGGAGGCAGAGGCGCUGCGGCCAGCAGGAGGAGCAGCAGCAGCAGCAGCAGCAGGAGGCGACGAGGAGCUGCUGCUGCUGCUGCUGCGUCUGGGCGCCGGAGAGCUCCGCGGAGGAGGAGGAGGAGCCGCCGCCGCAGACAAGCACAGCCCGGCGGUCCCCGAGGAGGAGCUGCCGCCGCCGCCGCCGCCGCCGCCCGUUUGCCUUUCGAGGCGCGUCUCUCUCCGGAGAACUGAUGGAGGCGCCUCCGGAGCAGCCUCGCCGAAGCACGUAGCCCAGCCGCCGCCCGCCCGCCCGCCCGCCCUGCCUCUCUCCAGCCAGCCGACCAUCUCUCCAUGGGGCCGGGCGGCGGCGGCGGCGGCGCUGCCGGUGCUGCUCGGACCUCGCCGCCGCCAGCGCUGCGCUAGAGCCCGCCCCGCCGAGACUCGCGCCUCCUCCUCCCCAGCCCGAGGGGGCCGCUUUGUCUGCCGCCGCCGCCGCCGCCCUACUUCCGAGGAGACCCGCCAGCCCGCCCAGAUUUACCCGGUGCUGUGGAGAGUGAUGGGGAGCAGGAGCGGAACUGGCCCCGGCUGUCGGCCUCUCUCCGGAGCGGCUUUCUAGCCUGCUGAUUUGCUGCCAGAUGAGACGGAAGCCGUUGGCACACACAACCUGUCAGUAGUCUCAGACGAUUCAUGGAAUCCUACCUAAAAAUUAUGUUGGAAAGAAACAAAUAUGCUCAUGGACAAAAAAUGGCCGUUUUUGUGUGAAAAGGCUAAUUGAAAUUGCCCUCCAUGGUUUCUGCUCUCUUCAAGAGCUUCAUCUCGUCCUACAUAUAUAAGAUUUACAAAGGAAUGUUUACAAAGAAAUUGGGAAACAGUACAAAGAAGAAAGAGAGUUCCCAAAGCAAAAAGGAACAAGACACCCCCCAGGGUGGACUGCUAAAGAACCCCAAAUUAUCCAACACUUUGAAAAGCACGGUCAAAAAGAUUGCCAAGUGCUCCUCUGCUCGCAACUUGUCAACGGAAGAAGAGGAGAGCAACCGAGAGUUUUCCUUGUCGCCAACUUUUAGCUACCGUGUCGCUAUUGCAAAUGGACUGCAGAAGCCCGUUUCCUUGGCAAGCCAUGAGGAUCCAUUUCAAGACCUCUCUUCCAACGAGAGCUCCUACUCCGAGUCCUUGAGUGACACCAAGGGCCCGAAUCGGAGCAAAGACUUUUCCUCACUCACGAUGCCUGUGAGACGCAACCGGAAGAGUUUGAGCAGCCUGGCCCCCUCCGACGGCAGCUCCGAUGGGGAACGCACCUUGCACAGCUUGAAGCUUGGCGCCUUGCGGAAGCUGCGGAAAUGGAAGAAGAGCCAGGAAUGCGUCUCUUCGGACUCCGAGCUCAGUACAUGGAAGAAGACGUGGGGUCUGCGGAGCAAGUCUUUGGACAGGACGGCACGUCCCCAGAAGUCCAACACCCUUGAACCAGGCUUCAGUUCAACAGGCUGCAUCAGUCAGACCCACGACGUCAUGGAAAUGAUCUUCAAGGAGCUGCAGGGAAUCAGCCAAAUUGAAACGGAACUCUCUGAGCUCAGAGGGCACGUCAAUGCCCUGAAGCAGUCCAUUGACGAAAUCUCCAGCAGUGUGGAAGUGGUGCAGAGUGAGAUUGAACAGCUGCGGACUGGCUUCGUCCAGUCCAGAAGGGAGACGCGCGACAUCCACGACUAUAUCAAGCAGAUUGGACACGCGGGCAGCAAGGCAAGUCUGAGGUUCCUAAAUGUGCCUGAGGAGAAGUUUGAGAAUACCGAGCACGUGGUGCACAGAACUUUAGUCGAGAAAAUGGGGUUCUCAGAGGCACACCAUUCUGUCAGGCUUGAGUUUGCACACCGUGUGGGGCAGCACAGGGACUGCCCCAAUGCCAAACCCCGGGCCAUCCUUGUGUACUUUGAAACACCCCAGCAAAGAGAUUUAGUUUUAAAAAAAUCUUAUAAACUCAAAGGAACUGGCAUUGGCAUUUCAACUGACAUUCUUUCUCAUGACUCAAAAGAAAGAAAAGACAAAAGUUUGCCUUCAUCACAGACGUACGAAAGCAUGGACAUGAAACUGCUGGCUGCUGAUCUAAAGGCUAAAAAGUGUGACUGGGAGUCCCCCGACAGUAGCGAUAAAGAACCAGAACCGGAUCUCAAUCGGAACAGUUAUGCAAAAAUAUCCAAGUCAGCCCCGCAAAUGAAAAGAAGUUCUACCAAGGGGAGAGAGGAGUCUUCAAACAUCCGGGUCCUUAAAGGAGCUGCAGAUGGCAACAGUUUCCCAAAUAAAAUCAAUUAUGAUGAAGAAUCGCCAGGAGCAGAGAGCCUGCAGAGAGAAUCAAAGGCGAGUGUCUACUCCGAUGUGACCCCUCUCUGGCAAUCACAGGCUGAUUUUGCAACACUCAAGCUCAGCCGUUCGGAAUCUGAUUUUUCGAAACUCUGCCAGUCGUACUCUGAAGACUUCUCAGAGAAUCAUCAGUACUUCAACAGAACCAAUGGCAGCUCUCUCUUAUCUUCCUCCGAUCGAGAACUAUGGCAGAGAACGCACGAUGACCCAUCCAGCUGGUGUGGUGGUUCACAAGAUCAGACAUACCAUCAAGAGGAUCACCCUUACAGAGCUGAAAACGAAACUGAGAACACAGAAACGGUUGACAGUGGAGUCAGCAAUGGGAUCGUGUGUGUAUCGGGAGACAGGAGUCAUUAUAGCAAUUCCCAAGUCUCUUUGCAAGAGGAUCUGUCUCCGUGGAAGGACUGGAAUCAGCUAGAUCAAAACACAGACCUGGGGCUUGACUCCUCAAUGCAAGAAGUUUUGGCUUAUGAUCUGAGCAGCUCUUCUGACCAACAGAUCGACUACGGCCAGAUCUCUGACCUCCAGUAUGACACAGAAAGCUAUGACUUCACACUGGACGGUCACUCUCCCUCCAGCCCUGGGCACAAUAGUGAAACCCAGGACCAGUGGAGUGGCCAGUACAAUGACUACCAGGAGGCCAACGCCAACACGCUGUAUCAGAACCAGAACAGGAAGCCUGGGAUGUACCGAAGCCAGAGCGAGCUGCCGAGUGGCGACUCGGAGGAAGAGCCUCCCAAAUCCUGGCACAGCAGGCUGAGCAUCGACCUUUCCGACAAGACGUUCAGCUUCCCUAAGUUUGGGAAUACUCUGCAGCGGGCCAGAUCCGCCUUGGAAGUGGUGUGGAACAAAAGCACCCAGAGCUUAAGUGGCUGUGAGGACAGCGGGUCGUCUUUCAUGGACCGAUUCCGGACUUUGUCCCAGUCAACUGCUAAUGAAUCCAGCACAACCCUGGACUCGGAUGUUUACACAGAGCCUUACUAUUACAAAGCCGAGGAUGAGGAAGACUACAGUGAGCCCGUUGGCGAGAAUGGAACGGAUUAUGUGGAGGUGAUGGAGCAAGUUCUUGCCAAAUUGGAGAACAGAACAAGUGCCGCUGAAAUGGAGGAGCAGCAGGCCCAGGAGUACGAGCAGGAGGAGAUGAUGACUCCCUACGAAAGUCCAUAUGCCGUUUCACAGGAUGACACUCCUGAUGGAUAUUUCGAUGGUGAGGUGACUGGCAGCGACGUGCUGGAGCUGGUGGAUGAUACCGUGGUUGAGAGCGAAGUAGAAGUUCAGGAAGAUGAAAACCAAAACAUCCCAGAAGUCCCUGUUCAGGUGCCUGUAAAAAAAAGAGUCCGACCCUCUUUCAGAGAAGCUGCUUUCAAGGCCUACAAGAAGCAGAUGAGCGAGUUGGAAGAGAAGAUCCUGGCUGGAGAUAGCAGUUCUGUGGAUGAAAAGGCUCGCAUCGUCGCUGGAGGCUCGCUGGAGGCUUCCAAGCUCGCCAUCCAGGCCUUUGCCGGACCGGGCAGCGCGCUCUACGGAAUCGACAGCAUGCCGGACCUGCGCCGUAAGAAAACCUUCCCCAUCGUCCGCGAUGUGACGCUGGCUGCCCGCAAGUCCGGCAUCUCCUUGGCCAUGGUCAUCCGGACGUCCCUGAAUAACGAGGAGAUGAAAAUGCACGUCUUCAAGAAGACCCUGCAGGCCCUCAUCUACCCCAUGUCCUCCACCACCCCACACUACUUUGAGGUGUGGACGGCCACAGCCCCCACCUAUUGCCACGAAUGCGAGGGGCUCCUGUGGGGCAUCGCCCGGCAGGGCAUGAAGUGCACCGAGUGUGGGGUCAAGUGCCACGAGAAGUGCCAGGACCUGCUCAACGCCGACUGCUUGCAGCGGGCAGCAGAAAAGAGCUCCAAGCACGGUGCUGAAGAUAAGACCCAGAACAUUAUUACCGCCAUGAAGGAGCAGAUGAAGAUCCGCGAGCGGAACCAGCCCGAGGUCUUUGAGCUGAUCCAGGAAAUGUUCCAGAUCAGCAAGGAGGACUUUGUGCAGCACACCAAGGCGGCCAAGCAGAGCGUGCUGGACGGCACCUCCAAGUGGUCGGCCAAAAUCACCAUCACCGUGGUUUGCGCCCAAGGCUUGCAGGCGAAGGACAAGACGGGCUCCAGCGAUCCCUACGUGACCGUGCAAGUUGGCAAAACCAAGCGCAGAACCAAGACUAUUUUUGGGAACCUGAACCCAACAUGGGAUGAGAAGUUUUAUUUCGAAUGCCACAACUCCACCGACAGAAUCAAAGUCCGGGUUUGGGAUGAAGACGACGACAUCAAAUCGCGGGUGAAGCAGCAUUUCAAGAAGGAGUCGGAUGACUUUUUGGGGCAGACCAUCAUUGAAGUGAGGACCCUCAGUGGAGAAAUGGACGUCUGGUAUAACCUCGACAAGCGGACGGAUAAAUCUGCCGUCUCUGGGGCCAUUCGACUGAAACUCAACGUGGAGAUCAAAGGGGAGGAGAAGGUUGCCCCCUACCACAUCCAGUACACCUGUUUACAUGAGAACCUCUUCCACCACUUGACCGAAGUGAAGUCGGGCGGGGCUGUGCAGAUCCCUGCAGUCAGAGGAGACGACGCCUGGAAGGUCUACUUUGAGGACGCUGCGCAAGAGAUCGUGGAUGAGUUUGCCAUGCGCUACGGAAUCGAAGACAUCUACCAAGCCAUGACGCACUUCUCCUGCCUGUCCUCGAAGUACAUGUGUCCCAGCGUCCCGGCAGUCAUGAGCACCUUGCUGGCCAACAUCAACGCUUUCUACGCUCACACCACGGCGACAACCAACGUCUCGGCCUCUGAUCGAUUUGCUGCAACCAACUUUGGGAGGGAGAAGUUCAUCAAGCUGCUGGACCAGCUGCACAACUCCCUUCGGAUCGACCUCUCCAAGUACAGGGACAACUUCCCCGCCAGCAGCCCGGAGAGGCUCCAAGACCUGAAGUCCACGGUGGACCUCCUCACAAGCAUCACCUUCUUCCGCCUGAAGGUCCUGGAGCUGCAGAGCCCUCCCCGGGCCAGUGCGGUCGUGAAGGACUGUGUCCGGGCCUGCUUGGACUCCACCUACAAGUACAUCUUCGACAACUGCUACGAGCUCUACUCCCAGCUGAUGGACCAGGGCAAGAAGCAAGACCCUCCGCGGGAGGAAGGGCCCACGACCCAGAACCUGGAUUUCUGGACUCAGCUGAUCACCCUCAUGAUCACCAUCAUUGACGAAGACAGGACAGCCUACACGCCCGUCUUGAACCAGUUCCCUCAGGAGCUGAACAUGGGCAAAGUCAGUGCUGAGAUUAUGUGGACCCUCUUUGCGCAGGACAUGAAGUAUGCGCUGGAAGAGCAUGAAAAGCAGCGGUUAUGCAAGAGCACAGAUUAUAUGAAUUUGCACUUCAAAGUGAAAUGGUUUUAUAAUGAAUACGUGAGAGAGCUCACCACGUCUGGAAAUGCAGUGCCCGAAUACUCUCUGUGGUUUGAACCAUUCGUCAUGCAGUGGCUGGACGAGAACGAGGAUGUCUCCAUGGAGUUCCUCCACGGCGCGCUGGGAAGAGACAAGAAAGAUGGGUUCCAGCAGACCUCCGACCAUGCCCUCUUCUCCUGCUCGGUGGUGGACGUCUUCGCCCAGCUCAACCAGAGCUUUGAGAUUAUCAAGAAGCUGGAGUGCCCCAAUCCGGAAGCGCUCUCUCAUCUCAUGAGGAGGUUUGCCAAGACGAUCCACAAAGUGCUUGUUCAGUAUGCUGCAAUUAUAACAAAUGACUUUGGCUCUUAUUGUGACAAAGAAAAUCUGCCCUGUAUCUUGAUGAACAACAUCCAGCAGCUGCGAGUCCAACUGGAGAAAAUGUUUGAAGCCAUGGGAGGGAAAGAGAAGCAACAAGGAGAGCGGUUUUCUUAUGAGCUGGACGCAGAAGCCAGCACGGUUCUGAAAGAGCUUCAGGCCAAGCUCAGCGGCGUCCUGGAUGAGCUCAGCGUGACCUACGGGGCCAGUUUCCAGGUGGUGACAGAGGAGUGCGUGAGGCAGAUGAGCCUGGAACUGAACCAGAUGAGGGGGAACGAAGCCGCGGCCAAUAAGAACAGCAGCGCCGUGGAGGCCGAGAUCGUGCUGCGGCCGCUGAUGGAUUUCCUCGACAAAACCUUAAGUCGCUCAGCGAAGAUCUGUGAGAAGACGGUUCUGAAGCGGGUCCUGAAGGAGCUCUGGAAACUGGUCUUGAACAAGAUCGAAAAGCAGAUUGUGCUCCCGCCACUGACAGACCAAACGGGUCCCCAGAUGAUCUUCAGCGCUGCCAAAGAUUUAGGACAAUUAUCCAAGCUGAAGGACCACGUCAUCCGAGAAGAGACGAAAAGCCUGACCCUGAGGCAGUGUGCCAUCAUGGACGUGGUGCUGGCCACCAUUAAGCAAUAUUUCCAUGCUGGAGGAAGUGGACUGAAGAAGAACUUCUUGGAGAAGAGUCCAGACCUCCAGUCUCUGAAAUACGCCCUUAACCUCUACACUCAAGCGACCGAUGUCCUGAUCAAGAAGUUCAUUGACACGCAGAUGUCUCAGAGUCAAGCGACCAACAACUCGGUCGGGGAGAUCAGCCUUCAGGUGGACCUCACGACACAGCCGGGAAGCGGAGAGCACAAAGUGACCGUCAAAGUGGUGGCCAUUAACAAGCUGAACUGGCAGACCGGCUCCAUGUUCCGGCCCUUCGUGGAGGUCUGCCUGCUGGGGCCCAGCCUGAGCGACAAGAAGCGGAAGCACGGCACCAAGGCCAAGAGCAACACCUGGUCGCCCAAGUACAACGAGACCUUCCAGUUCCUGCUGAGCAGCGAGGAGCGGCUGACGGCCUACGAGCUCCACCUCUCGGUGAAGGACUACUGCUUUGCCCGGGAGGACCGCGUCAUCGGCAUGGCCGUCGUCCAGCUCCGGAGCUUCGCCGAGCAGGGCAGUUCCUGCGCCUGGCACCCCUUGCUGCGGAGCCUCUCCGUGGACGAGACGGGGCUGACCAUCCUGAGGAUCCUUUCUCAGAGGACCAAUGACGAGGUGGCCAAAGAAUUCGUCCGGCUCAAGUCAGAAACACGGUCUGUUGAAGACACCACCUGAAGCUCCUCCUCGUGAGUAAACGCAACGUGUCAGCGCCAAGAUCCUCGACCCAGUGUUGUCAACGUCCGAAUCAUGCAUGUGUGUGCAACUCCGUGGGAAUGUUUAACUAACUCUGUUUCUGUGUUUGCCAGAACAUCCAGUACUACUAGAUUUGCAAGGUAUGGCCAAGAGCUCUCUACCUUUUCUACGUUUUUUGGUCUUUGAAAAAGAAGUGACUGUUCCAAUGAAGUGCCAAAACUGCAGUGAAGAACCACUUAGUUAAUGGCGUCCUUUGAAGUGUGGAUUUCGUCUCAUGACACAUCCCGCCCCCACCCCCUUCACCAGAAACAUCUCCUGAGGACCUGUCAGUCUCCUGGGUUGAGGCGUCGGCUGUCUCCCUUAAAUGCCUAACAUGAGUUGCCCUCCCUUCCUCUGCCCCCACCCCCCCACCCCACCCCUCUCAUCAUGGGACGUCUGGCCUCAGGGCCUGUCUCCAUUUUAUGCAAACUCCAUUUAAGUCUUCUGUCCCAAGACCUUUUUCUACCAUCACUUACAGAUGCAGUUACUUCAAGAAAGGGUUUGUAAUUUUAUAACUGCUGAUACAAAGAAAUGAUCUUUUGCAUACAAACUUUAAAACAAAGGGUGGAAAUGUUUUAUGCUGACCUUUUUUUCCAACCUUUCAUAUAUAUCACUGUGAAGAAAAGCUGUCCUGUUACUGACGUUGGCUAUCUUGGGGUAGCUUCCUUCCCCCAAACUGCCGAGGUGACAUCCUCUGUGUAUUAGGAGGGUCAUUCCAUCCGUGAUUUGCAGCAGGCAAAUCUACAGGCAGGAGCGGGCGCUGGCGGGGGGGGGGGGGCUUCCUCGCCCAGAGGGCCCCACCUGCAGAGGAGCACCCUUGCCUGGCCCUGGAGUGGGGAGGCGGUGCUGGCAAAGUGUGCAGGCAGUUGGGUCCGGGUGCUGGGGGCCCUUCGGGGGGCAGGGAGGGCCCUUUCCCCAGGGCCUGCGCAGGAAGAGGGCCCCCCCCCGCCCGGGUGGGCGUUCUGGGCAGGGUCUUACCUUUACAGAGUGCUGCUGUGUGCAGUGCAGUGGGCGAUACAGGGUUCCGGGAGACGAGAGAGGCGGGGAGGCGGUUUCCACCGAGAGAUCCAUCCGGAGAAGCAGCUUAGCUGCGGAGGUUUUUCACUCCGGCCAUUACAAAUGUUGCUCUACAUGCUUAGCUGCAAUCCCAGCUAAGUGCUUUCCCCCUCUUCUUUUUAUUUUCAUACAAGUUCAAAGAUUUAUACUUAUGCAACAUGACUCUGUCCUGCACUGAGGCAAAAUCCAUGUGCUGUAAAUAUAUUUCGUGAGAAGUUGUAAAAUAAAGCAAGAAGAAAGUG